UCACACAAUACUAUCAACUUCAACAAUAAUCCAAUUUUUUCAAAGUGAAGACUGAAGAUUAAACUUGAAUAUAAUAAAAAUGGUAGACUGGGAAAAAAAUGAAAUUUGCUUUACUUUUAUAUUUUUUUUUUGUUUAUUUUUGAUGGUGGGAUUAGAUGUCGUCGGUGGUUUCGUGGCAAUGGAAGCCGAAGUCGCCCAACAAGAGGUGAAAACGAGGGUGUGGUCACUCGAGUGUAAAUCUCCAAGCAAAAAAGCUUUCGUGUUAGGGUUAAUAGCAUUAGGAUGUCUGUUAGCAGCUCAUUUCAUCGCCGUUAUGAUAGGAUGCUUUAUCUCCAAGAUCAAUGCAUAUACACUCCCAGGAUUCGAACAUAAGACCACGAUACGCAUCCACGUGGCCUGUCUUUCUCUCACUUGGGUCGUAGCAAUUGCGGGAGCGGGGAUACUUACGAUAGGCAUAUGGAAGAACAGAGAGUCAAGAUCAGACUGUGGAUUCACAAACAAACAUUUUCUGACUUUAGGAGGCAGAGUGUGUUUUCUUCAUGCCAUUGUCUCUCUCGUUAUGUAUGUAGCAAAUCUCAUCUCUAGAUUUUCUAUAAUUAUUUGGUAA